AUGAUGCUUUUGAAUACACCCUCUCGAAACUUGCUCCGUCGCUCCAAUCCAAAGCAAUGGUCACGGUGUCUCUUGCCCACCAUCGCAACGACGCGAUACCUACGCACAUCUUCAGAACCUAGCAGCUCUUCGUCUACACCCGUACCAUUCAAAAGUGAAAAGGAUGGAGCGUCUGGGUAUCUUCUUGCAAAGGCAGACCAAUUAGUGAACUGGGGAAGACAAGGAUCCCUUUGGCCAUUGUCAUUUGGACUGGCCUGCUGUGGAGUUGAAAUGAUGCAUACCUCAAUGCCACGUUACGAUCAAGAUCGACUGGGGAUUAUUUUCCGUGCCUCGCCACGACAGGCAGAUGUCAUGAUUGUGGCCGGUACAGUAGUCAACAAGAUGGCUCCGGCUGUGAGACAACUAUAUGAUCAGAUGCCCGAUCCUAAAUGGGUGAUUAGCAUGGGCAGUUGUGCCAACGGCGGGGGAUAUUACCACUACAGCUACAAUGUUGUACGCGGUGUGGACCGUAUCGUGCCUGUGGAUAUUUAUGUGCCUGGAUGUCCACCAACUGCAGAGGCCCUUUUGCAGGGUAUUUUUCUUCUUCAGAAGAAGAUGCGGAGGACGCAGGUGACGAGGAUGUGGUAUAGGCGCUAA